CCUGCUCUCUUUUCCCUAGCAAUCCUAUUUCCCACUUUUCUGUGCUCCUCCCUCUUCUACACUAUAGCCACAUAUAUCCUUGUCUUUUUAACCAUCUCUAGCUAGACCUCCCUGUCCUGUCUUUAAGGGCAAAGCACCGUAUAAAUUGAAGGGCAGUUUGCUCACCACAGUAGAGAUUGUUGGGUUUAGUGGUAACCUAGAACGGGCAUUUGGCACUAUGAAGGAGGGUGGCAGGAAACAAGGUGCACCCUCACCAUGUGCAGCAUGCAAGCUUCUAAGGAGAAGGUGCGCCCAAGAUUGCGUGUUUGCCCCUUAUUUUCCAGCAGAUGAGCCCCAGAAGUUUGCAAAUGUGCACAAGGUUUUUGGUGCUAGUAAUGUCAACAAGAUGUUACAGGAACUACCGGUGCAUCAGCGAGGAGAUGCGGUUAGCAGCAUGGUGUAUGAAGCUAAUGCCAGGGUGCGUGAUCCAGUGUAUGGGUGCGUGGGAGCUAUAUCAUCUCUACAGCAACAAAUUAAUGCACUUCAGACCCAGUUGGCAGUGGCUCAGGCAGAGGUGGUGCACCUGCGAGUGAGGCAGUCAGCAACACUAUCAAACCACGGGCUUAGUCCUGCUAGCCCGAGUAAUAGUGGGUCACCAUCUUCUAGGCUCAUGGGGUCCCAAAUGAAGCCGAUGUUCGACAUGGAUAUGGUGGAUCACACCAGCUUAGGAGAGUCAAUGUGGUCAUGCUAGGAUAUGCAUGCUACCUUUUUAUGCCAUGCCUACCCUUACUACUACUAUAUCUAGGUUGAUUCUGUCUCCAAUGUUUUCAAUCUACAUAUAUAUAUUUUUUUUAUUUUUUUUAUUUUGAUAUCAUAAUUAUGUAUUUGUAUGGGUAAAGGGGUAUAGCACAAAAUAGUAGUGGUAAUGGUAAUGGUAGUAAUGAUAAUGAUAGUAGCGCUCGUAAUGAUAAUGAUAAUGCUCGUAGUGAUAAUAGUAAUAAUACCCGUAGUGAUAAUAGUAAUUGAGUGAUAAUAUUAGUGGUGAUUGUCUCAACGUAAAUUUAUUUAAAUAUUUUGUUUCUAGAUUAACUGACUUAACACUAUAGUAAAUAGUUAUGUAUUGGUUGAUUAUGGACUUUAUGGGUAAACAUUGGAUGGAUUUUCCAUAUAAGCUAAGUAAUAUAUUGACUUUGGUUUUCCCUCUUUUGUUUUUA